UUCAGCUGCAGGUAACUUUAGUCCCCCAGCUCCAGCCUAGAACAUUCAGCUAUUGGCACCAUGAAGUUCAGCCUGUUCCUCGCCCUCUGCUUCCUCCUCGGCCUGGUGGGCAUCACCAGCCUAGAAAAGGCCUCAGCCCAUCUCAGGCAAGAGGCUUUCCAGGAGCUGUCCCAAACUCUGCCUGUCCUGUGCCAGCUGCCCCCAGGGAAGGGCCCCUGCAGAGGCCGCUUCUACCGGUACUUCUACAACUCUACAUCCAGUGAGUGUGAGCACUUCAUCUAUGGUGGUUGUCAGGGCAAUGCCAACAAUUUUCAGACCACAGAGAUCUGUUUGAGGAUCUGCAAGCCCCCUGGUGAGUCCUCUUUUAGAAACAGAAGAAGUGAUGUUCAUGAUUGGGUGGUGGUGGUCAUGGGAAGGGAGACAGCGUGGUGGAGGAUGGUGGUGGUGACGCCGCGAUGAUGUUACUAUGGGAGGUGAGGUGAUGGUGAUGGAAACAAUCAGGAUGUGUCACGAAGAGGCGCCGGUGCUGGUGGUAAUGGGGUGCUGGGGCGGAGGUAGCAAGGCUGUGGUUGAUGGGGUUUGGAUAGUGAAGAUGAAAGCAGUAUUGGUGAGUUGUGAGAGCUUCUCAUGCAAGUAGUGGUGCUGGCCAACGGGAAGAUAGCAAUGUGACCUUCACAGGGGAUGAAGGUGUUGGUGGCAGUGAUCAGGGUGGGAGGUGAGAAAGCUGAGGAGGCCCCCGGGAUGCUGGCUGCUGAAGGGGGUGGGUAAGGAGUCCAGCUGAUGGCUCCAGCCCUAGGCCACCAAUGUGCCAACCAAGAAGGAAACUGACUGUCAUCUCCAUUACAGAGACAAGGUAAAGAACAGCUGAAGACCAUGCUUGCACAUUCCUAGCCUGGACUGGAAGCUGGCUGGGCCUCCCUUCCUGCACUUAGGCCCCCAUCCUGUCACCCUCCAGGUCUAGGUCAAUAAAACAUUCAAAGUCGGUGUGGCCUGUAGCCUUCUUACGAGGACCCUGGGGCUGUCCUCAUGAAUUGCUCACAGCCACUUCAGCUCACAAGGGUGAUCAAACCUGCCUCACUUCAUCCCUACCCCUCAGGCCCUCAUUGUCCUGUGCCUUCAGGAGGAUGAGGAUGGGGGUCCCUGGGUGGCUCAGGUAGUUAAGUGUCUGUUGGUUUAGGCUUAGGUCAUGAUCUCAGGGUCCUGGGAUCAAGCCCCUCAUUGGGCUCUGGGCUCAGCGUGGAGUCUGCUGAGAUUAACUCCCUCCCUCUCUCCCUCUGCUCCUCCCCUGCUCAUGGGCAUUCUCUCUCUCUCUCUCUCUCUCUCUCUCUAUCACACUAAAACAAAUAAAUAAAAUCUUAAAAAAGAAGAAGAAGAAGAAUGAGGACAAAGGACACAAGUUUCCUAUAACCAGAAGGGGUUCCUCAUGGAAGCCAGACUGAAUGCAAAUUUGGGGACCUUGCACAUCUGUCCCCAGAUACUGGCCACCUGCUCUUUGCUGCCUGGGGCUCUACUAGCUCUACUUCUGCUCUUCCUGUCCAGCAGAAGCCAAGACCUAGAGUGUGGAAAGAGCUAGAAAUUCAGGGAAUCUUGGUCAGCCAGGUGGGAAUCUCCCUCCAUGCCCAGAGGUCUUGGAAAAAUAAAGAUUUUACAUAUUCUUUGAAAUAUAUACAGCUAUGUGGUAAAUACAUACAGCAUAAAAUGCACCAUUUUACCCAUUUCUAAGUGUAGUGUAGUGACCAUAAGUAUACUCACAUUGUGGUGUAAGCAUCAUGACCAUUCAUCUCCAGAACACUUUCAUCUUCCUAAACUGAAACUUUGUGUCCAUUAGAACCAACUCCCCAUUCCCCUUUCCCUGGUCACGGCAGUUCUAUCUUCUGCAUCUAAGCAUUAACUGCUUUAGGUACCUUAUAUGAGAGGAAUUCUACAGUAUUUGUCCUUUUGUGUCUGGCUUAUUUCAUUUAGCAUAUUUCCAAGGUUCAUCCCUGUUGCAGUCUGUCAGGAUUUCUUUCUUUUCAAGACUAAAUAAAAUUCCAUUGUUGUUACAUAGUUUUUGGAAUGCUGGAUGGCAUCUGGAAGUACCGCUGCCACUUCCACCAUGAUCCUCUCCUGCUAUCCUAUGCACAGUCCAGGUACUUGCCCUUCCUUGAGAAACUGCUACCCAGGACCAAUCAGCAAUACUAGAAUCCAGAACCUGGGACUCCCAGACUAGACCUUUGUCCUUGGUGGUGUCAUUUGUGUUCUUGGUAUGCCCUACCCAAAUUUUAUAUAUAUACAUAAAUAUAUAUUAAUUAUAUAAUAUAUAAUAUAUAUU